UUUCAAGGAAAACGCGUGCGAGGGCGAACACGCCGCGCCGUCUCGGUCCGCGACGAACCUCGGCUUCGCCGUCGCUGAUUCCACCGGGACGCGCUAAAUGGCAAAGCUCACGCGAAGCCUUACCGAGAUGACAUGAAUCCGGAUUGAAAUUCUCGAUCGACACAACUUGGCUGAGGUGCAUUGAUUUGCGCAUUGUUCAGAUUGCAGAAUGCACUCUAAAGGAGACGAAACUGAAAGAAGUGGCAUUAAUAGUAGCAAACAUGUAACGGAGUCGUAAACAGGAUUUAUAGGUCACGAUGGAGGAUUACACGCCGAUUGACGAGGAUUUCCCAGGCCGGUUGCUGCAUCAGGCCGCGCUCUGGGACAAUGCCGAAUUGCUAGAGGACCUGCUGCGUGGCGAGCACGCGCAGUAUAUUAAUAGCAAGGACUCGUGGGGCAGGACACCCAUGCACGCAGCCGCGAUCACAGAGAAUUCCCGUUGCUUGGACGUUUUGCUGACCGCCGGGGCCGAUCCGAACGUCACCUGUGGCCCUCGCGGUCAUCAUCGAACGCCGUUGCAUGUUUGCACGGAGCACGGUCACGCCGGCAACGUGCAGAAAUUAUUGAGUUUCGAUGCGGAUCUUAUGAUCCGCGACGACGAUGGUCUGAAGCCUCUUGACAUCGCCGAGAAGGGCAAUCACGAUUUAUGCAUUCAUCUCCUAAAAACGGCAGCCGAGAGGUACGAACUCGCGAAACAGGCAACUCACGCUUCUUUACGUGCAGCUUGUAUUCAGGGCGACACCGUGGCUACGCGAAAUAUUAUCCAAGGUCUGUCGACCGAUUUAGAAUGUGUGGUGAACAUGGCGCCGAAUGGCGCCAACACGCUGCUCUUUGUUGCCUGUGAGAGCGGCCACAAGGACAUCGUCCGGUUGCUGCUGGACCAUGGCGCCGAUUGCAGGAUUCAUCCGGUCACCAAGUACUGUCCGCUCUACAUAGCAUGCUAUCACGGCAAACUGGAGAUUGUCGACCUGUUGCUGCGACAUUUCCCCAAGCAGGCGCAACAGCUCACGGUAGAGCGCUGGCUGCCGAUCCAUGCGGCGACCAUAAACGGUCAUCACCUGGUGAUCGACGCGCUGCUCAAAUUUGAAUAUCCUCAACACAUUUACCAACGCUAUAGAGAUCCAUCCGGAGAGUUUGAGUACGACUUACCGUUUGACAUCAAUGCACAGGACGUCACCGGCCAGCAUGCACUUUACAUAGCCAGUAUGCUGGGCAACAUCAAGUGCGUCGAGCUGCUGCUAGGUUACAGAGUGAAAGCGAGAACGACCAAAGAAGAGGAUGGCGUGAGCGGCGCGCAGCAACUCCCGGUGUCGAAGCGCAAGAUCUCCAGCGGUAUUCAGAGGUUAAUGUCAUCGCUGAAUUUUCGUAGCAAGGCCCCGAUGGAUAAAAAAGACGAUAAAAUGAUAUAUCCAGUAAAUCUGGAUCUUUAUUGCAAUAACGGCAGCGAAACAGCGCUACACGUGGCUGUCAGGGGUAGACAUACCGAGGUGGUGAACGCUUUGCUUCAGGCAGGCGCCAAUCUUGAGCUGCCUGUUAAAAUCCCGUACGAUCAGAACGAUCUCGACGGCAGUGACUCGAGUGUAUUGACAAUUGCGUGUCAGAAUCGCGAUGUGAAAAUCGCGGAUUUAUUGCUGAAGCACGGCGCCGUCGACAAUGAGUGCAAGGCGCUGAAGAUUGCCGCGCAGAAUCGCGACGAGGCGUUGACUGCAAAACUGCUAUCGAUCAAGGCGCACCCGGAUUCCGAGUAUAAGAUCAACAAGAAAGCGAUGACCGAGUGCACGCAGAGCUCGCAUUUCUCCGCUCUGUCGUCAUUUGGCCAUGUCACCUAUUCCGCGCUGUUCCCAAAGACGCCUACGAUGAUCAACUGGCACAACCAGCAAUGCCAUCUCUCACAGAUCCGGCUGCAGUGGUUGAUCGACGCAGUAUUGCAUGUUAACAAGAAGCUAAGUCCGAGAAACAACGACCUGGUGUUGUACGCCAUUACGCGGAUCGACAUAUCUCAUAACUCCAUCACCUCCGUACCGUCCACCAUGUUCUACUUACAGAGUCUGCGAUAUCUCAACAUAGCGCAGAAUAAAAUUGACACUCUCACCGCCGACUCGAAAAAUCCGAAGGACAAACUAUGUCCAGUUCUGGAGGAGAUGUAUCUACAAGACAAUCGACUGGAGCAGCUCCCGGAAUUCAUUAUGAACUUACCGGGGCUUGAAAUUAUGGACGUGUCCAAUAACAAACUGCAAUGUUUGCCGCAAAAUCUGUGGCGCGCGCCCAAGCUGAAGGAACUGAAUGCCUCGUUCAAUCUGCUGCGUGAUCUGCCCAGCCAGGCAUCGCAGAAUGUUUUGAGGAAGCCAUCACGAGGCGAUGAGAUGCUGCAAAAUGGUACCACCUUCCGUGGAUUAGCGGUUGUGCCGCGAAUAGAGUCUAUGGAGUUUGACUCGUUUACAAAGAUUGCAAACGCGCAGGUGAUCGAAAUGGAACGGCCGCAUGUGUGGACCAGUUCGGUCCAAGUGUCAGAAAGGAUAAGCGAUGACACGGAGAAUGGCAACAAAUCGGUGUUGGCGUCGUUGAAUCUGGCACACAAUCUUUUUAACAGCAUCCCCGUGGCACUGCCUUGUUUAGCGGUAAGCCUGGUGCGAUUGAACAUGGCGUACAAUUCGUUGCGUUCGAUGAGUCAUAUCACUUCGUAUCCGGCCAGUCUAAAACAAUUGGAUUUAUCGAACAAUCAGAUCACGCGGUGGCCCAGUCUGCCGCAAGUCGACAGCUCCGAUAGCAUGGAGCAGGCGAACACGGCCUGCUAUUGUCCGGCCGUCAACGCACAGUCGCCUAGUAUCGUGCCCGGCAAUCGGCAAACACCUAUGUCGAUGCGUGAUAUCGUGUUGCAGUCAGUAUGUGUACACAGGCGACACUUACGACUGGAGAACUUGCGCACGCUGAUCCUAGCGAACAAUCUACUGAAUCGCAUCCAAUUGACAUCGUGCGACGACGGCGAAAUGCCGUAUUUGGAAGAGGAGCGCGGAGACUCGGACAGAGAUCCAAAAAUCGGGCAUCCUGGAUCAAAACUUUAUUUGCUCUUUCCUAAUGUCAGUAUGUUAGAUAUCAGCAAUAAUCAGCUACGUGAAAUACCGCACAACAUCUAUGAGUUGAACAAUCUAUCGGUGCUGAACAUCAGCGGUAAUAAUGAGGUCGUCGAGCUGCCGCCGCAGAUGGGUCUACUGGGCCGCCUAUGGAAUCUGAACACGCAGGGCUGCCGGUUGCAAGAGCCGCUCAAAUCGAUGAUCGAAUCGAAGAAGUACAAAACGAUGGAUGUGAUUGGUUACCUAAAGUCAAUUUUGGAGGACGCGAAGGCGUAUGCGCGCAUGAAGCUGAUGAUUGUCGGUAUUCAGGGGAUCGGCAAGACGAGUCUGCUGGAGCAACUGCGGCAGGAGGGCGAGGUGCCAAACAAGAAGAAAGCAUCCGAGCACUGGGCCAAACGAAUGGGCAACAAGAACAUUAACGCGAAGACCGCCAAAGGUACGACCAUCUCGACUGUAGGUGUGGACAUUGGCGAUUGGCUCUACGAAAAGAAAGUGCGCGGACAAUCGUCCCACGGGCCGGUCUACUUCAGAACCUGGGAUUUCGGAGGUCAGCGUGAGUAUUAUGCGACGCAUCAGUAUUUUCUGUCGAAGCGCAGCUUGUAUCUAGUCGUGUGGCGGAUCACGGACGGCUUCAAAGGCGUCUCCGAGAUUUUUCAGUGGCUGGUGAAUAUUCAGAGUAGAGCGCCUAACUCACCAGUCAUCAUUGUCGGCACGCAUUACGACGUUUCCUACGAGCACAGCGAGGGUCUGCAACAAUAUAUUCGUGAUAAAUUCAUCAACGUGGUUGAUGCAGAGAAGUGCGGUCUGCCCAAAGUCAUGGAGACAAUCGAGGUGAGUUGCAAGACGCGUCACAACAUUAAGAUGCUGUGCAAUCUCAUCUACGACGUCGUCUUUAGUUUGAGAUCGCCCGGUAGUAAGGAACUGUUAUUAGAACAGAAGGUUCCAGCGAGUUACUUGGCGUUGGAGGACGUAGUAAUUCAACUGGCGCACGACAGGAAGCUGUCCGGCUUGGACCCAGUGUUAAAAGCCGACCAGUAUUACGCGGCGGUCAAUAACGAACUUCAAAAGUUGCACAGAUCCUUUAGAGAUCCCGCGGAGUUACAUCAAGCGACGUUAUUCCUCCACGAGAAUGGUAUAAUCUUGCAUUACGACGACGCAACGUUGAAGGAUCUAUAUUUCUUGGACCCACAAUGGCUCUGCGAUAUGCUGGCUCACGUGGUCACCAUAAGGGAGAUUAAUCCAUUCGCUAGAUCGGGUAUAAUGAAAUUGGACGAUAUUCAGCACGUAUUCAAAUCCUCCACUAUAUCAUCGAUCGAUACCCAAGGAUAUAUUGUCAGUUUGCUCAACAAGUUUGAGGUUGCUUUGACAUGGGAUUGCCGCACGUUGUUGAUACCAUCUCUCUUACCAACUGAAGAAGAUAUUCUGCGCAACAAUCAGAUCAUCAAGGUACCAGUAAAGACGCGUGGCUGGCACGUACGCGCGAAGAAGAUCACAUCGCCCAUGUUCGCGUGCCUAGGGGCAUCAACCGGUGACAAUAAAAAUAACGCCGAAUGCGUGCUCACAUCGAGAUCGCAGCCCGACUGUUCCGUCACUAGAUUAUUGCUUAUGUCAUAUUUUCCCAGCGGCUUCUGGUCCCGAUUAAUCACUCGGAUUCUCGCGGAUGAUACCAUUGUCGAUAUCGUCAUGUCGUUUCUGGCACCGUUCAAGGAUUUCGUCGACGACAAUAUCUUUGCUAGUCUGUUAGAUUUACAGGCCGAGUGGGUGCUCUGGCAGACGGGAAUCGAACUACGAUACUCUGGCAUCACCCUGUUACGUUUAAAAGAAGUUUCCUGUAAUUUAAAAAACUCACCAUAUGAUUACAGACAGUUUAAGUUCAAAUUGAAACAAGAUGGUAUUUGGUGCACAGUGGAUCUGAAAAAUUCUGCCAUCCUAGAGAUCUGGUUUCCAGUGGACACUCUGGUAAUCAAGCAGCCCAUCAUGUCGGAUUCCGUAGAUGAAGAACCAAUGGGCUACCAGGCGAUUGUGGUAGAACCACGACCGGAAAGUAUGCCGCAGCUGAUGGCGUUGAUCGUCGAUCACAUCGACAUCCUGCUGGAGGACUGGUAUCCAACCCUAGGCACACGUUUCGUCCACACAUCGGAGGGUAAAUUACUAGUCACGAGGUUGAUACCAUGUCCGCGUUGUUUGCUUGGCAACACCGAAAACGGCGACGGUGAAUCAAGCGACAAUGACGGCCGGUUGAUUGAGGACAUCCAAAAAUACUGUGCUGUGAAUCGCACAGAGAGGCAGAGCCAGGACAGUUACAAGUCCGACGGUGACAGCGGCGUCGGCUACGACAGUCUCACGUCUAGCAGGAUGCCGUCGCUCGAGGGACAUCCAGAUAUAUCAAAGCAGCAGAGCAGCUCCUCGCAUCCCGAGAAUACUCUCGCAUACUCCUGGAUGGUGGAGGAGUGUAUACUGGCGGCGUACAGCAACAAACCUAUCAGCUGUCCAAGACAUUCGGAGAUCCCGUUGUCGCACGUCGCACCGGAUAUUAUCUUUAUGGAUCUCGGUGCUAAACAUCUGAUCAAGUCGGAUGACCUGAAACGGGGUAAAUUGCUGGGUCGUGGUGCCUUCGGCUUCGUCUUCCGUGGUAGCUGUCGACUACCUGGCACACACGUGCGCGCCGACGUGGCCAUCAAGAUGCUACAACCAGUCUCGCCGGGCCCGAACUCCACGCAGUCAGCGAUUCUUGCGUAUAAGGCGUCGCAGAGCAAGUGGGACCGUGAUCCUUUGCAGUAUGCUUGCAAAGCGUAUUGUAUGGCGCGUCAAGAGCUCAACAUCCUGUUAACCCUUAGGCACGCUAAUAUUGUGCCACUGAUCGGUAUAGUCAUUAGUCCCUUGGCUCUCGUGUUGGACUUGGCACCUCAGGGCGCGCUGGACGCUGUCCUGAAAAACUAUCGUCGUUCCGGGGCUAAACUGGAUCCUUACACACUUCAGGCGAUAAUCCUUCAGGUUGCUAAGGCAGUGGAGUAUUUGCAUCAGCAACACGUCAUCUACCGUGAUCUCAAGUCAGAGAACGUACUGGUGUGGCAGAUGCCGUUGCCGUUUCAAGAAAAUCCGGACCCGGUGCACGUUAAGGUCGCCGAUUACGGUAUCUCAAGAUUAACAUUGCCUACGGGAGCGAAGGGUUUCGGCGGCACGGAGGGGUUUAUGGCGCCCGAAAUCAUUAGGUACAACGGCGAAGAGGAGUACACGGAGAAGGUGGACUCGUUUUCGUUCGGCAUGUUCAUCUACGAGCUCGUCACUUUGCGUCAGCCGUUCGAAGGCCACGAGGCAGUAAAGGAAUGUAUCCUGGAGGGUGGUAGACCACCGCUCAUGUACCGUGAGACCUUUCAUCCAUGCUACGCGCUUGACUUGAUGGUGAUAUGCUGGGCACAGAACCCGAAAGAUCGGCCUACUGCUAGUCAGAUUGUUUCGAUCGCCUCUGCACCCGAGUUCACGCAUCUGAUAGACGUCACCCUAUUGACGGAACGCACGCAGGUGACGGCGGUCACCAUGACCAAUCAUUGCGGUGACAGCAAAGCGAAUGAGACGACGGACAGCUUGAACGGCGACGAGAUCUGGUUCGGACACAACAAUGGCGAGGUGGACAUGCUGCUAGGCACCCAAAAGGGUUGGCUGCGUCACGUGCGUAUUGAGACACCAGUAAUACCGUACGCCAUGUGCGGCGUGGACGGCUACAUCUGGAUCGGCGAUAACGCUGGCCAAGUGCACGUUUAUCUGUGCGGCAACUUCGGCUGCGUGGCCAGUUACAAUUUGGAGGCGGAUCACAACAGGGAGUCCAAGGUCGUUGGACUGAUUCAUCUGGAACAGCUGAAGCAAUUUGCCGUGGCCUUGCAUAGCGGUCGGAUCUUCUUGUUAUCCAACUCGUUCACUCAGAUGAAGAAGACAGAAGUCACCGGCGGCGGCAGUAGCACAGAAACAACACGUCAAAAUACUGAUGUGAAGACUUACUCGCUCGCUGCAGUUUGCCGGAAAAGACGCGUGCUGGAGCUCUGGGCUGGCCAGAGUUAUGGCCGGAUAUCCAUUUACACGCUAAAGGAUGGCAAUCUGACCGAUACGGUGGAGCUGUCUCAUUGCGCUGCCAACGACGCCACGAUGAAGAACCUUUUUGCCACGUAUCUAAUCGGUGCGGCGAGCGAGAGUUUCAUUUUCUCGUAUACGUAUCCAGGUUGCGUGGUGUACCAAUGGGACGUGGACAGUCGGCAGAUUGUCAAUAAGCUCGACAUGUCCAAGCUGGUGCCAUGCUCCGAGAGCCUCAAGUCUAUCGCUAUCGAGGAAAACCUGUCGACGGAGAAGUGCCAGGUGACCGCGCUUGAGGCCAGCGGUGGUCAGCUGUACAUCGGUACCACCUGGGGCUGCAUUGUCGUCGCUGAGUGCGGCACUCUGCGCCCCGUCACCGUGUUCCGGCCGUUCGAAGGCAAGGUCUGCCAGAUCGUGUCCCUCAAGUCUGCUGAUAAGAGAAAAACGGUGUUGGCGACCGUCGGCCAAGGAUAUCGCAGUUUGAUUGCACGGUAUACCGACUUCCCGCUGAAGAGUUUGGAGAACGAGGAGCUCAGGCACGGCAUGUAUACUCUGCUGUGGCGAUCGGAGAACUGGUCGGCGGCUUGAUUUCCCCAGUGAAUGUAAGCUCUUCAUUUAGCGUGUAUUGGGCGACUGUUUUCUAGCGCGAAUCGUCUAAUUAUUUUAUACGAAGAUAACGGUACACAAAUAAGCACAAUAUUUAAUACGGAAUGCGUAGUAAGAAAAUUGAUCUAGUUUGGUCCAAUCCUUUCAAUAAAUGCCGGUAGAAAGAAACUUUCAUUGUAACGAGAUUCGGUGCCAAUAUUAUACAAGAUUUUAUUCUUCGGCAGUAUAAUACCGGAAGUGCUUAAGUGGUGCGAAGUUCAAUUGAGCGAUGUCUAAGCUCAGUGAAUCUUAUACGUCCAAUAUUAUAUAGUACCUAGCACGUAAGAGAUGUUGAUCACGCUAAUAAGCGUGCUUGAUAAUAUUCAGGAAAAAAUCUUUGUAAAAAUUGAAGAAAGAACUCAACUUUUCCGCGAGCACGCUUAUUAAUGAACUUUACGUCACACAGGCUGUAAGCUGAUAUUCUUUCGUUCGUCCAAAUUACAGCAUUACCAAGUAUAAGAGAAACAUUCUUAUUUUAUAUAAAACUAAAUCCUAAGCAAAUAAGUAACGGUAUUUUAACGUACGUUUUCGCUUGAAUAAGUAUGAUUCGACUCUACGAGAGUCACGAGUAUAAAAUAAGUAUUUAUAUAACUAAUGGAAGCGAAGGAAUAUUGAAAUGCAAUCUGUUUCCUCGCUGCAAGACACGGGAUAAAGAGGAGAAAACAUUUUUCAAAUAUCCUCAACUGAUAUUAAUCGAGCUGUUUUAUAGAUAUCAAAGAACUAUUUUAGCACCAUCAAUACUUUUAUAAUAUCGUUAAUGUUAAGAUUUCGAUAAGUUUUAUUGACAUUUUAAUAUCGUGAUCCUGAAUCGAUAUAGAAAAACGAUUUUUAGAUCAUACUCGCAUUAUCUUUCCCCAUAAUUCAAUUAACACGUCCAAGGUAAUAUCUUUCGAAAUAUCUUUCGAGUUGACUGCAAAUUUUAUCAAAUUUAAGUCUAUUCAAAACCGAAGGUUGUGGGACAUAUUAGCAUUAAUUUAUUAUAAUGUAAUACUAGGAAAAUAUAAGACUACACGUACACAUAAACGUUAGAAGCAUUUUGCUCAAUGAAAACGUUAAAUUUUGACUCCCUCCCUCUCACCCCCUAUAAUUUAGUUACAUGGGAGCAAUGAAUGUAUCCCAAAUGUGAUCGAUGUGAUAUGAAAUACUCAGCGAAAAAAAGAACGUAAAAUAUCGUCACAAAAGUGUUAUGUUAUAUUUUUAAUUACGACGCUCUUUAAUUGCGCUUAUCGACAAGAAGAAUAUUCUUAAAAAUAUUUGCUAGAAGUUUGCUUAAAUAGAUAUCUGUUCCUUCUCGAUAUAUUAUACGUUCUUCGAGAUUAGCUCAUAGCAAUAAAAUGCAAGUGAAAAAUAACGAUGUAAUACAACUUGCACGUUUAAAUUCGUCUGUGACAUAUUUUAACGAAAGAAGCGAUUAAAUGGAUAUUCUAUAUAUUAUCUUUAGGAAAUGCGAUGUGAUCGGUCGAGAAUAUUUUCAAUAACAAUGUGAUGCGUACUGGCUUUUGGCUGCUAUUCUUGAACCGACGCGUUUGGUGCACUGAUGCAAUAUCUUUCAUUUAUAUAUACAAAUGACGCAUUUCAUAUUUCUUUAUUUAAUUAAUCGUACCUGCAGCGCGCGUAAAACAAAUCAUAGUGAUAUAUGCAGCUUGUAUAUCAUCUUUAUUUCCAAUAUGACAUUUGUAAAAAACUAGAAAUUGUGUAUCGCGUUAUACAAUUAUUCAUCAAGUAUGCCUUGAAUUAUGGCGAAUAAUUAAUAUUGCGUAACAAACGUAAUUAUUACAAUUGAGAAUUCUAUAUGAUUGAUCUCCACUAUAUUAACGGAAUCAUUGUAACGUUUUUCAUGUUUACUCGUCGUGAGGAUUAUACUAAGAUUAUCGUCUUGUACUCAUUGACAUAAGUUAUAAAACUUUGCAGGAACUCAUUGUUAUUUAAUGUAUUGAUUGUCACGAAAUAUAAAUACCGUUGUUGAACAA